GAUAUCAGCGAGCGAGGCGUCGCAAGCCGCCCUCUUGCAGCAUUCCUGACCCUUGUCCGAGUUUAAGCCAGCUUCCAGCGCCAUGUCGGAGUCUCAGACUUCCCUGACACGUCGUCUGAGGAAGAAACGCCCGGUGUGCCAACCUCAAGGAAAAGGCGGCUCAUCACGAACAUCCAUAGAAGAGACGUGCUCCGAGAGCUCGAGCGGCUUCCGGGCGAAGUCCGAGUGCCCGUCCUCGCGGUCGAUCGGCGGGCCGUCGUCUUCGGGCCCGCAGUCGAGCCCGGGGACCAUCGCUGCGCCGCGGAGCCGCCGGCGAAGCAGCGAUCGCCCGCCGCCGGUCUCGCGGGGCGCGGCUGCGGCACCGCCGGCGGCGAGCCGAGCACUUCGCCCGGCGCCCUCGACGAGCACCGGCCGCGACGUCCGCCCUCCCGACGAGGCGAGGGGCGCCGCGACGAAAGCGCGUCCCGCCCGGAGAGCAGUCGACGACGUAGCCGACGAGCCGGUGCACGUUGUGAGCGGAGGCACGUCCGCCCGAGGUCUCCCUUCGUCCCUCGACGCCGCCAAGAAACCGGUGGUCAGAAGGUCCUCCGGCCCCGCCACAGUUCAACGUGCCACUCCUCCGGCCGGCCUCGUCGCGGCCAGAACGUUGGUGGGCAACCGGGGACAGCCCGGUGGUGGGCCGCCGAACGCGUCCGACGUGCUCUCGCCGCGCUUGACCAUACCCAGCUUUUUCGAGCAGCCCCCGACGCCCGACGUUCUGGGAGCGCGCCGGCCCACCGGCGCUGCCGCACGCACCGAGGCGACCGCGGAACGGGCCGCGUCGGCCAAGGCAGAGGGGGGCGAGUGCUGCGAAGCGACCUUCUCGAGCGUUCUGUCGGUGCGCUCCCUGCUCCAGGUGGAGGACCCCGACGUCAGCAACAGGCAGCCGGACGACAGGGAAGAAGGUUCGCCGCAGUUCGUGGGGUCCAUGGUGGGCAAGAUGGCCGUGCUGCUGGCGUGCUGGUACCUGUUCCUGGUCUCGCUGGACCUGCUCAGCUCGGCCUUCAAGCUCUUCGCCGGACACCAGUCGUCCGUCCGGGUCCCCAAGAGCGACGUGAUCCGCAAUCCCGUCGUGGGCAUCAUGACGGGCUUGCUUGUCACGGUGCUCGUGCAGAGUUCGUCAUCGUCCACCUCUAUCACCAUCUCCUUGGUCGGAUCGCAGCUGCUGAGCGUGAAGCAGGCCAUCCCGAUCGUGAUGGGCGCCAACCUGGGCAGCUCGGUGACGAGCAGCGUGGCCGCGCUCUCCCAGGUGACGCGACGCGACGAGCUGCGCCGGGCGUUCGCCGUGGCCACCGCGCACGGCCUCUUCAACUGGCUCACGCUCGUCGUGCUGCUCCCCUUCGAGGUCACCUUCGCGUUCUUAGAGUCGUCAUCCCGAAUGGCAGUGGAGGCCCUGGACCGCAAGCACCGGCUGCUCCGGUACAACCACCUGCGUGCGCUCACUCGGCCGCUGACCAGCUUCAUCAUUCAGCUGGAAGAAGCGAGGCCUCCGCAAAGGAUGACCGCCGAGCGCAACGACGGCAGUGGCAUCGUCAUCAACACCGUCCGCACCUGCUGCGCCUUCAACGGGAGCCGCUGUGUGAGACCCUGCCAAAACGCGCUGGCGCGCCUCCAACUGAGCGACCAGACGGCCGGCCUGGUGCUGCUCUUCGUUUCGCUGCUGCUUCUUCUCGGCUGCCUGAGCCUGCUGGCGCGCACCCUGAGCCCCGCCCUGCGGCUACAGGUGGCGUUGUCUCGGGUGCCACAGGGCCUGCUCGAGGGCUACGCCUGCCUCUGCCUGGGCCUUCUCGCCACCCUGGUGAUGCAGAGCAGCACGGCGCUCAGCUCGACCCUGGCGCUGCUGGCCGCGUCGGCGGGCGACCGCGUGGCCAGCCUGCAGCGCGCCUACCCGGUGCUGGUGGGCGCCAACAUCGGCACCACCAGCACGGGCCUGCUGGCCGCGCUCGCGGGCGACCCGACGCCCGAGACGCUCCAGCUGGCGCUGUGCCACGGCUUCUUCAACGUGUACGGCGCCCUGCUCUUCUACCCGGUGCCCUUCAUGCGGUUCCCGCUGCCGCUGGCGCAGCUGCUGGCAGCCACGGCCGCCCAGUACCGGUGGUUCGCCGUCGCCUACCUGCUGCUCGUGUUCCUCACGCUGCCGCUGCUCGCGCUCGUCCUGUCGUUCGCCGGCAGCACGCUGUUCAGCACCGUGGGCGUGCCGCUACUGCUGGUCGCACUGUUCCUGGUAGCGCUGAACACGGCCCAGCGAAACCGGCCGCACUGGCUGCCACCUUUCCUGCGCUCCUGGGCCUGGCUGCCCUUGUGGAUGCACUCGCUGGCGCCGCUCGACGCGCUGCUCGAGGAGUACGUGCUCAGGCGAUGGCGUAUACUCGACGCCUUCCUCGGACCCCCGCCGCCGCCCGCUGCCCCCAAGGCCUCCUAGCGAAAUAGACCCUGCGCAGAGGCAGCGACGAGGCAGCUGGAGGUCCCACACGGGACCACCCUCUGCGUGGUUCAACAGCUGCGACUGACUGCGCUCCGCAUGCUGUUUUUGUUUCUUCGUUUUUUUUUACGUAUUCGGAACUUUAACGUGGGACAGAUGCACGAUUUAGACUGACCUGUUUUGCAGAAGCGUAGCGCGUAUACGAAGCGAUUUAUUUUAUGUGUGAAAAAAUGUACAUUUGAUGCUAUCCCUUUAGUCCAGUUCCGUACUCUUCUCAGGCGCUCGGUACUGCUGGACAGUGCCGCGAUCCUGGCGUAUAUUACAGCGUAUUAUUAGUCGAUUCGUCGUCAUGCCACUGCCGCGUCACCCGCUCCUCCUAAAACGGGUAGUUUCACGUGUAGAAGAUUUGAGCCGACAGGGUAACAGGGGAAUAAAAGAA